CUGGGGUCCUCAUUACGAGUUAGACCAUCGGAAAGGAACGUACGCGAAGAUUGUCGCCGUUGUCGUCAUCUUCACCGUGUCGGAAUUAGAUUUCACAGGCAGCGUGCAGAGGAAACGGAAAACGACCGUUAUGGAAUAGGCGCGAACCGUGCGGGUCGAUGAAAGGAACGAAAGAAAGAAACGUUAGGGAAUUGAGUUUUAUGUUGUUUUCGGAAGUUUUUGUUAUGCAAUGAGUUUUUGAGAAGUUUUUUUUAUUUAUUUAAUUUUAUCACACAAAACUGAAAAUCUGCGAAAGUCUAUUCAAAAGUUAAGUGUGUUGAAUUUUCGUUUAUCGUUGUGAAUUGAUUGGAAAACCAAAAGACUGUCGGAUUAGUUAUAAGAGAGCGCCAAACAAAUCGAGUCUAAUCGAUUACCCACAACAAAAAAAAACCGUUACCAAUGUUCUCCAAGGCAAAACUGAAGAGAUUUAACGACGUUCCAGUCGUUUCCUCUCCAUCUCCAUUUGUGGAACCAAAAGAGAAGGAACCUACCAAAAAGUCCAAGAAAGAAGAAAAAAUAAAACAGGGAAGCAUGGACGCCGAAUCGAUAAAACCCACCAAAAGUGCGCUCAGUCUAUUCCGAACGCCCUCAUUACCCAAGCGGCUCAAAUUCAAACACAUCUCGGACCUAACGCCCAAGAAGUCAAAGGAAGCGGCAGCGGAAAAAUUACGUCAACUGGAUCUUGAAUCGCCCGGGGCCAAAACGAGUGAAAAGGCCGUCGACUGCGGCGGUGGCGGCGCCAAGGUUCCACCAAUAGUGCAGCUGUACAACAAAAUUGACGUGAACAAGGAAGCGUUGCAGCGAACCCGCGAGGAAAAUGAAGAACUGAAGGCCAGGGUUCAGGAGCUGUUGGCGGAGCGACGGCUGGCCGAGAGCGAGAAGUGCGCCGUGCUGGAACAGAAGGACCAUCAGAUAAUGCUGCUGGAGCGAGAGUUGACCAGCAUUACCAAGGCCGACGAGCUGUUGCAGCAGAUUGCGGAGGGGUGUUUGGAGAAGGUGAAGGAAAAUGAGGAGGAGAUUAAGCGACUGCACAGAGAUUACGAGCGGCAGUUGUGUGAGGUUCAUGAUUCCAAGAUAGAGCUGGAGUUGAGGUUUGAGGAGUUGGAGAUGAAAUGCAAUGAGUUGCAUGAUGAACUGAUAGUGGUAGAAGGGGAGAAUUUUCUGUUGAGCGAUGAAUUAUUGGCGAUGAGAGAAAUUGUUGAAGCGCACGAUAUGGAGCUUCAGAAGAAGGUUGACGAAAUCAAGGAGAUGGAACAAAGUUUGAAUCGUUUGAUCAAAGAGGGGAAUGAUUUGAAAGAGCAGGUUAACUAUUUCCGCAUUCAAGCGGAAGAAGAUAUGAUGAAAUAUGUGGAAGAGAGCAGAACAACUAUCUAUGAGAUCGAUACUUUCAAGAAAAAGAACGACGAGCUAAUAGCACAAUUAGCAGAGAAGAAUUCAAUCAUCGAAGAAAUGCAGGAGGAAUUGAAUGAAAAUCAGUUCGAGAUGGACGAAAUCAGGGAUGACGUCCGGAACGAUUUCAAUCAGGAAUUAACUUCGGUGGUCAAGAAAUACGAACAACAAAUUGCAACAUUGAAUGAAGUCAAUGAGAUGAAAAUUAGGGAAUGCGAGUCUAUAUUUGUGCUGGAGAAAUCGAAAAUGAUCAAAGAGCAUGCUGACAAGAUCAAGAAUAUGGAUAAAGACCACCAACGCGAGAUCGAGCGAAUUAGCGAACAAGCCGAAGAAAAGAUCCGCAUAUCGGAGGUUCAGACCGAAGAACGUAUGAAGGGCUUGGAACUGUCGAUCCAAAGUUCGAUCAGCAACGCCAUGGCGAAUGAGAAGCUGCACUGGCAAAAGGAAAUGGACAAAUGCCAGAAGAUCGCAGAGACGGAGAUCAUGCAGUGUGAGUUCGAGAAACGAGACCUUCGGGCUCUCUGGGAGGCAUCAAACGAGGUCAUCAAGGAGCACGAGAGAAAGAUCGCCGAGUUGGAACGAAGACUGAUUGCAGAGAUGGGAGGAAGCAAUAAAACUAAAGACGAGUACGAAAAUGAACUUAAAGAACUGAACAGGGAGAAUGCGAGACUGCAAACGGAGAAAUACAACUACCAACUGACACUGAGUAAUACUCGAUCGACAGUGAAUAUUCUGAUGGAACGGCUGAAGAAGUCGGACGGCGAUGUUGAAACGCUCAAGUCGGAGCUCGACUCGGUUAUCGAAGGCAAAUCUGCAAUCGAGACCGAGAAUAACAAACUCAGGGAAGAGAUAGAGGAAUACCGACGAGUUCUGACGGCGCUUCGAUCGUCAUCUAAUCAGCUGGAGAAGGAAAUGCGUGAAAAGGAGGAAGUGUUCGAAAAGAUCAUGACAUCCGAGGAAGACGCCAUUUUAACCGUUUCACAGAUUGGAAAACUCUUCAACGAGAAAAUGGAGGAGAGCAUUUCCCGUUACCUGGACAUGUAUGAUGAGCUGAAGAAGAAGUACGAUGCUCGAGAAGCCUACAUUCAAGAUAUGAAAACUCUGUUGGAUGAGUUUGCCACCGGAAUCGAGCUGGCGCGAAUCGAACUGGACACAAAGGAUAAGAAGAUAUUUGAGCUGGAAAACGAGAAUAAAGAUAUCAAGCUGGAAAACAUGACCUUCCGGUUCAAGUGCGAACAAUUUGAGAAAUAUCAAGUCGAGGGUCGUGUUCCGAUUCCGUCUCCGGAAGUUCCAUCGAAUGUUGACGACGAACAGCAACUGGUGUCCAACAUGCUGAUCGAGAAUAUUAUCAAUCAGCUGGAGAAGGGAAGCGAUGACAAGGUGCUCAACAGCGAACACAUCGAACUGAUUCAGGAGGUGCUCGAAUGCGAUAUCAAUAAGGAUGACGCCAGCGUGAGCGAACUGAAUGAGAAGCUCAAGGAAACUGAAGAAAAGUUGCGUAUUGUCGAAAAGUUCGCCAAAGAAACAUCCGAUAAAUAUACGGAACUUUUGGAAAAUCAGAAUAAUCGACAGAAGGUGAAGAAUGUUGAAAACAACAAGGAUCACCAGCAAUUGAAAGCGAAAAUAGCCAAACUGCAGGACGUCAACAAAAAGCAGGAAAACACUAUUCUGGGCCUGCAGCAACAGUUGUCGUGUUUCGAUUCGCCUCAAAAGCUAAACCUGUCCGGAAAGCUAUUCGGCAUCGGUAGCCCUAAAACGCCCAAGAAGAUGAUUUCCUCGCCGUUCCCUGGAAAGGAGAAUCGCUCACCCGUUACACCUGGCACUGUGUAUAGUCCGCGGAAUAACGUACUGCGCCCACGGAACAACUAAUGGCCUUGAAUGAUGUCUCAGUAAUGCGGGAAGAACGUCACAACAAAGAUGAAUCCAUUUCUGGAAACUUAGUUUUACGAAACUAAAAUGUAUUUAUUGUCAAAACCAAAAACGAAAAAUACUCCUAUGUGAGUACAUUCAAACAAGUCACGUGAUACAAGUCAAUUUAUAUGUACGAACGGUUUAUAAAAUACAAAAAUAAAACAAUAAAUUUGACAAAAUAAUAUAUUGGA